AUGCCGUUCCGCGGCGCCUCGGGUGCUCCCACCUUCAACCCUACCACCGACGCCCGCUCCAUUAUCGGCUUCUUUGAAGAUCUAGACUACAUCUUCGACCAAGCGGGCCAACUUACCGACCAGCAAAAGAAGACGCACGCGGUCCGCUACGCACCAGACUCAGAGAAGACGACCUGGCGUGCCCUCGAGGAGUUCACGGACAACACCAAGACCUAUGAAGAAUUUCAAGCGGCCGUCAAGAAGGAAUAUGUCGGCGACAACAGCACGGGACUCUACAGUCUCCGCGACCUCGACCUCCACGUCUCCACCACGGCGCGCGGUACUCUCGACUCAACUGCGGACUUCAACAUCUACAGCCGGCAAUUCCGCACCAUCGCAACCGUCCUUGUCGCGGGCAGGCAGCUCCGCACCGAAGACCGGGACCAUCUCUUCAUCAACGGCCUCCCUCCCGCGAUGCGCACCUCCGUCCUCGACCGCCUUCACAUCACCGAGACCGCCGUUCGAUACCCGCGGGACGCAUACACCAUCGCACAGGUCACGGCUGCCGCGCACCACGUCCUCGAAGCGUCGGUCAUCAGUCUCGGCACCACCGCUAGUCUCACCGUCCCCGUCCCCGCUGCAACACCGGUCAAGUCCGAAGUCGCUCAGCUUGUCGAGACCCUCAACAUGUUCUUCAACCAGCAGCGUGGCAUGAGCGCUGCGCAACCCCCGCUCCCGACCGCACUCAUCCGCGACCGCCCUCCACACCUCCCCGCUGCCGUACCACAGUCUGCGGGCUGCUUUUACUGCGACGAUGUUAGCCACGGCAUCCGCACGUGCCCACACGUCGAGGCGGACAUCGCGGCCGGCUUCAUGAUGCGGCGCACCAUCGACAGCAAGCUGGUCCUGCCCAACGGCUCCUUCGUUCCACGCACGACCCCCGGAAACACCAUGCGCGAACGGUUCCAAAACUACCAUCAAGCACAUCCAGAAGCUCGGUCCACCGAGAUCCUCGCCCUCGAGCGCCGCCGCGCGCAGCACAGUACGCCAUUCACCAGCAACCGAUCUGAGCGUGCUAAGCGCCGCCUCGUCCGCUUCAAUGACGACGCUCCGCCCGCACCGCGCCCGCCGACACCCGCCCCGCGCGCUCAAGAAGGACCACUCCCGCAACCCUCCGCACGCAUCGAAGAGGUACCAGAUGAAGACGCACCUAUCGCGCCUACUGACAACACUGACGAUGACUACAGUCAGCUCCCAAGCACCUCGGACAAGACUGGAACGACACACCUGCCCACACACGAGCACCCGUUCUCCAACGUCCGCGACGCGACUUACGCUCCGCCCACCCAGCGCAACUUUGGUGCACCUCCCCCUCGGCCUGUCGUGCCCGCCGUCCCGAAGCCAUCUCCCGCCUUUUCCACGCGCCCGCCUGUCUACGACCCGCAACACCUUGAGAACGUUGCAAAGCGCAAUCUAACGGCCCAAAACAAGCUCGUCUCGGAGGUCGAGCUCCUGUCUAUGUCGCCAGACUACUGUGCCUAUGUCCGUCAGCUUGUCACCCCGAAGCGCACCCCGAAUACCACAUCACUCACCCAGAACGACGACCGCACCACUCAGUCCGUCCCCCACGACAUGCGCACUCCGCGGAGCCGCACCCUCGCCAACGACAUGCCUGCCGCCUUCGCCGCUGCCGCUCAAGCGCCACCGCCUGUCGAUGCCCUUGUCGCACAAGACCCGGUAGAAGCAUACCUCAAGAAUCUGCCUCCGGGCGCGCCCCGCGGUGUCUUUGAAGCCGCCGAAUCCGUCUCCAUCCACGCCCUCGAUGCCAUCUUCCCACCUGUACCUCCCGAUAUCGCAAUCAAAUGA